AUGCCCAUUACCAACAGCGACAAUACGCCCCCUUACGCAUUCGAUUUCGCUAUUGAUAUGCUUAUUAGUCGGAUUUCUAAUUGCUUUCUGUGUAGGGGGCCAACAGUUCACAGCCAGCCGCACACUCGAGUGAUAGUUGCCAUGGAUUGGAGACCAUCUACGAGUUUCACAAUUAUCGGUUCAAAAUUGCUGGCCAUUCUGGUGCUUGGUGUGGGAAGUUUCGUAAGCGGAAUUUUUCCUCUGUACCUGAGCAAUGGAAAAAGUGGCAACAGAUCGAGGGUCGUUUCCGCGCUACUUUGCUUCGGAGCAGGAGUUCUCCUAGCAACGGCACUGGUUCAUAUUCUACCGGACGUGCGGGAGUCACUCCCAAACUAUGCGGAGUUGGUGUUUUGUGCGGGAUAUUUUCUGAUAUACGCUGUCGAUGAAUUACUGGACCUACACGUUGCUAGUGUGGACUCGCAGCAGCAACGUUUCUGUGACGCGGAUUUAAUUUCACUGGAGGUUAGCAAAUGUAAUCAUAACGGUUCUACGGGCAUGAGUAGCGAACUAUCGUUGACGCCAACGGAUGUAACCCAACCAGCACCACGCACUGUCGGAUUGCUUCUGGCGCUUUGCGUUCAUUCCCUGCUGGAGGGCUUGGCUAUUGGAGUUCAAAGCAGCCCCGCCAAGGUGUUGCUCCUGUUAGCGGCCGUCAGUGCGCACAAAUUCGUGGUUGCCUUUUGCUUGGGUCUGGAAAUUUAUAACCAUGGAAAAGGUGACCGGUGCCGUAGUUCGAUACAAAUUCUCUUUUUUUCACUGGGAUCUGUUGGUGGAAUUGGCGUUGGAAUGAUGCUCGAUGGAUUGGAUGAGGAUUUUAAUGGAAUCGCGGUACCCGCAUUGCAGGCCAUUGCCGGGGGAACGUUGCUUUAUGUGACGGUGAGCGAAAUAAUCCCACGAGAGCGCGGAAAACGGCAGUUUGAUAAUGCAUAUGGUAUCAUGCAACUAGCAGCGGUAAUUUGUGGUUUUGCCGUGAUGGCUUCUCUGAGUGUUUUUAUAAAAUAA